AUGGAUUCAUCACGUCACGGAGUGGUUCAGCUUCAGUCUGGCCUAGAGAGUCACGACUCACGAAGACACAAACGACUCACGACCUGCCUUCCCUUACACUGCAGAGAACCUCAGAACCAAGCCAAAGACGACGCAGAGCCAGAGAUAGACAGAGUCAGUCUUAGACGACCGACGACGAACACGAACUCAAAGUCCAGUACCCAAGUCGCACACAAGCCACAGUCGUCGGCCACUCACAGCGUUGCACACAAGCCACAGCCGUCGCUCGUCGGUCACUCACAGCGUUGCAGACCAAAGAGUUCGUCACAGAACAGAGUUCACCGUCGGCUACUCAAGUUCGGUUUUCACUUUCUGCAGUUCCACUUCCAAGUGCGCACACUCACACAGGUUCUACAGUUCCAAGUCGGCUACUCAAGUUCGGUUUUCACUUUCUGCCGUCAGCCACUCGCGGCGUCCCAGAACAGAGUCUACUCGAGUUCAGCUUCUACAGUUCCACUUCCACUCUUCCAGCAAGAAACAUAUAUGGAGUUGAUGGAUGUUCAUGAUGAUGAUGAGCAACCUAAGAAUAACAAGCCGGAAUUGAUUAACAAUGCUCAUGUAACUAUGGAUUCAAAUCAACAAAAAGAGAAAGAGAAAGAGCAACAGAACGAUCAAGAGCAAGAGAAAGACAAAGGUGAAAAGCAACCAGAAAAUUCAAAAGUUACAGGUAAAAGAAAACCAACUAGACCUGAAUCUUGGAAGAAAGAUGCAAGAAAUUUGGUGUUAGAGAUACAGAUCCUAAACAACCUAAACUUUCCUUCCAACCAAAAAAAAAAAGAAGAAGGAGAAGGUUGUGGAACUAGUUUGAAGGGGGUGACAUUUGAUCUUAAUUCUUGUAGGCAAGCUCUUGCUAGAAUGAUAAUUGUUGAUGAGUUGCCUUUUAAAUUUGUUGAGAAUGAAGGUUUUCAGUAUUUCAUGAGUAUUGCACAACCUCUAUUUCCCCUUCCAUCACGUACUACAGUAGCUAGAGAUUGCUUGAGUCUUUACUUGUCUGAACAAGCUAAGUUGAGGAAUGUAUUUUGUAAAUCAAAACAAAGUGUUUGUUUGACCACUGAUUGCUGGACAUCUUUACAAAAUAUGAAUUACUUAUGCCUCACUGGACAUUUCAUUGAUGAUGAGUGGAAAUUGCAUAAAAGAAUUUUGAACUUUUGUCAAAUUGCUGAUCAUAAAGGUGAAACUAUUGGUGAAUUGAUUGAGAAGUGUUUGUUGAGUUGGGGAAUUGAUAGAGUUUUUACAGUUACAGUUGAUAAUGCCUCAAGUAAUGACACUGCUAUAUCUUAUGUUAAAGAUAGGAUACUUGAUUGGAAUGGGCACAUUAUGAAAGGAGAAUACAUGCAUGUUAGAUGUUGUGCGCACAUCUUGAAUUUAGUUGUUAAUGAUGGGUUGAAAGAGAUUGGUGAUACUUUAACAAGAAUUAGAAAUGCAGUUCGAUAUAUUCGUGCAUCACCAUUACGGUUCCAAAAGUUCAAGUCUUGUGUAGAGCAAACAAGAAUUCAAGAAAAGGAUAUUGUGAAGUUAGAUUGUCCUACAAGAUGGAAUUCUACUUACAUGAUGCUUGAAAGUGCCUUGAAAUUUCAAAAGGCAUUCAAGAGAUUAGAAGAAAAGGAUACUACUUUUGCAAUUGAUAAGGAAGGACCCCCAACCAUAAAGGAUUGGGAAAAUGCACGUGUUUUUGUCAAAUUCUUGAAAAUAUUUUUUGAUGUCACCAAAAAAGUCUCUGGCUCAUUAUAUGUUACAUCUUCUCAAUAUUUUCAUGAGUUUUGCUUGGUAGUAAAGACUUUGAAUGAUAUGUGUCUAAGUGAUGAUCCUUUGUUGAAUUCAAUGGCAAGGAAGAUGAAACAAAAACAUGACAAGUAUUGGGGGAAUGUUGAUAAUUUGAAUAUGAUGAUCUUUAUAGCUGUGGUACUUGAUCCUAGGUACAAGUUGAAAUUUGUGGAGUGGAGUUUGAAAAAACUCUACGAUGAAGAUAUGGCUGAAUAUUUCACUAGGCAGGUGAAAGAGUUGCUUUUCAAGAUGUAUGAUAGAUACAAGUCUUUUCAUGGCCUUAAAAAAAGUUCAACCAAUACUCAAUCCCAAUUUGAUAAAGUUAUGAAUGAAGAUGAUAAUGUUGAAAAUCAAUCAGAGUUGGACCUCUACUUGAUGGAGACUAGAGAAAAAACAAAUCCCAAAUUUGACAUACUUAAUUGGUGGAAAGUGAAUUCAUCUAAAUAUCCUGUCAUUGGACAAAUUGCUAGGGAUGUAUUAGCCAUGCCUAUCUCCACUGUAGCUUCUGAAUCUGCUUUCAGCACUGGGGGUCGUAUACUAAAUGAGUAUAGAUGUUCAUUGGGUAUCAAGACAGUGGAAGCCCUUAUUUGUGCAAAUAAUUGGUUUCAAUCUACUCCAUUAGCAAGUGAUGUUGAAGAGAAGAGGAGCGAAAUCGCGGAGGAGUCCUUUGCGAACACCGUGGAGAGCAACGCUGGCUUUGUGGACUUCGUGACGUGUGACCCGCCGACCUUUGCCAAGAAUUGCAACCUCAGUGACAUCUACAGCAGUGUGAUUGCGACAUCUGCGACAUCGUCGGCUUCGCCAGCCCCUAGGACUUCGUCAACUUCGCUGUGCAGUCUCGCUCCUUCAACACGGAAGUCGUCGGCUUUGUCUUUCAGUCGGCACUUCACCAUUUUCAGGGAGGAUGCAGGUCGGAGGCUUGGAUUGGGGUCAGAAUUGCAGAUGAUUUCAUGGAUGUUGAAGCGUUCAUUCUUCUGGGGGUUUCUGGAUGGCGAUGCUUGGUUUGGGAAUCAACAACAUAAACACAGUCUUCCCCUUCCUUUACAGGAUCAUAAGAGAUGUCAUCUCUCUGGCUCGAGCUGCACGUACUACCUUCCAGUUGGUGUCUUCAAUGAUGAUCUUCUCAAUCAUGAUUCUAGUAAUGAACUCAUCUGGAAGGUUGAUGUUUUCAACACGAAGCUCCUCCAACAGCUUAUGAUAUUCAUUGAUUUGCUCCUUCACAUCCUUGUUCUUGAUCAUCUCCCAUUUGAAUGGCCUCAGCAGAGGGACGACAACAGCAGUGAUCUUUAG